CUUUCUAAUUGGAGAAAAAAACAGCCCAACAGAAGAGGCGUAAACACAGCUGUUUUCUGAAGAAGAAAAGACACUUCAGGGUCCCAUUUACCUGUCCAGUUUUGGUCGUUACAUGUGUAACAUCUAAUUUAGGAGGCGCUCACAGGUGCGUCUCUCUUUCCCACAGGCAGAGAUGAGUCGCUUUCUGAAUGUGCUGAGGAGUUGGUUGGUGAUGGUGUCUGUCAUUGCCAUGGGAAACACGGUGCAGAGUUUCAGAGAUCACAGCUUUCUGUCAGAAAAGCUGUACACUGGCUCCCCAGAGUAUGUAAAUGGUCUUCAAGCACGGACAUUUGGGAUCUGGACAUUACUGUCAUCGAUCAUUCGAUGCGCUUGUGCCAUUGAUAUCCAGAAUAGAACGCUGUACCACAUCACUUUAUGGACAUUUGUUUUGGCAUUGGGUCAUUUUUUAUCUGAGGCCUUCAUCUACAAAACUGCACCCUUGACUAUUGGGGUCAUGGCUCCUCUGAUUGUGGCAAGUUUUUCUAUUAUUGGGAUGCUCAUAGGCUUCCAGUGUUUCCCAGAGACACAGGAGGACAUUGGAGCACGACAGAAAAAAAGGAACUGACUCUCACAAAAACACUUUUCUUUUUUGGAGCCCCCCAAUAUUGCCCCUUGGAUGGGUCAUGCAGCCUUGAAGAACAAUGACCGAUGUGAACUCCUUUCCUACUGUAGUUCAAUAAGAUUCAUAUGGGUAUUUUUUUAUGAAGAGUUUGUUCAUUUUCAUACUCAAACUCAAAAUAAUUUGAAUAUGUACUAUGCAUCUUAAUUAAAGUCAAUUUUUAUUAAA